AUGAGCUCAAAGGGUUCGGGGACCGAAGAUGUGGAAGAUUGGUUGGAUAUUGGAAAUCGAGCCGAAUCGACGACCAGCUUGAAUUUGGAUGAUGUUUUGGUGGAGGUAAAGUGUGCCAGGGUUGCAGAAAGUGGGCGGUGCUUAAUUUUCAAGAGACGCCGAUUAUUUUGAUACCGAAUAUGAGAAAUUUUGAGGGAAAAUGUGUGACAGACUUGCAGAAAGUGGGCGGAGCCAAAUCUGAAAAUUUAAUAAGGCUUGGAGAAUUGAUGAGCCUAAAUCAGGCCUAUUUUUUUGAUAGGCCUAAAAUAUACCUUGAAAUGUAGUUAGCCUGAAUUAAGAUUGAAAUUUGAUAAGCCUAAUUUAGACCUCAAGUUCUAGCUAGGAUAAAUUAGGCUGGAAUAUUUCAAAAGCCUAAAUCAGGCCUAUAAAUUUUAUCGGCCUAAAAUAGGCCUUAAGUUCAAGAAAGUCCAAAAUGAACCUUAUCCUAAAUCAGGCCUAUAAAUUUGAUAGGCUUAAUUGGGCUUUGAUUACUGCAACUACUCUGAUAAUCUAACCAGCCUAAAAAUUAGGUCCUCUAAUUUUCCAAAAGCAUGUCUGGGCUCAUUUUGAAGCCCUUCUCCUCCUAACAACUAAAAUCUACAAAAUUCCAAUUUCCAGAUCGAAAAUCUGGAAGACGGUCUCUCCGAAGACACCUACACAAUAACCGAAGACGACGACGGCGUCUAUUGCGAAUCACCGAGUUUGGAUAGCGAUUACACAUAUCAUCUCGACUCCGACGUCGUCAUCCACUCACAUCAAUCAAUAUCCCGUCAAAUCGCAGCGAUUCGCGUCAAAUCCGGACCGCCUGUCGCAAUUGCCGAGAAAAAUGGGCAAAUUGCGAUUGUCACUUCGAAAGGGCAUGUACAGAUUUUCGAUUUGGACGGGAAAUUGGAUCGAUAUUAUCAGGGAGGCGAAGAGGCGGCCGCUUGUUUGGCUUUUUCGUUGGAUUCCAAAUAUUUGGCGGUUGGAUUUUCGAAAGGAACUGUUAAGGUUGAUUUUUUUUGAAAACCGCGCCGCAAAAUUGCAAAAAGUGGGCGGCGCCUAGAUUUCCUAGAUCCUGGAGAUCAUUUUAAUACCAAACAAGACCUAUUUUUGAUAAUUUUGGAAAACCAUGCCGCAAAAUUGCAAAAAGUGGGCGGAGCUUAAUUUUCUAAAGAUCCUGGAGAUCAUUUUGAUAUAAAAAUUUCCCCAGAAAAAAAUAUAUGAGAAAAACUAUUUCCAGAUUUCCUGUAUCCUGGAGGUCAUUUUGACACCAAACACAGCCUAUUUUUGAUAAUUUCGAAAAACCAUGCCGCAAAAUUGCAAAAAGUAGGCGGAGCUCAAUUUUUAUCAAGGUUUCUAGAUUUCCUGGAUCCUGGAGAUCAUUUUAAUACCAAAAACGGCUUAAUUUUGAUAAUUUUGAGAAACCAUGCCGCAAAAUUGCAAAAAGUGGGCGGGGAUUAUUUUCCCUCGAGAUUCCUGAAGCCUUUUUGUUCGCCAGAUCAUUUUAAUACCAAAAAAAUCUUCAUCUACCCUAUCUGAGAAAAACCAUGCCGAAAGUGGGCGGAGCUUAAUUUCCGAAAAUUUUUCUAAAUUUCCUGGAUCCUGAAAGUCAUUUUGAUACCAAACACGACCUAUUUCUGAUAAUUUUGGAAAACCAUGCCGCAAAAUUGCAAAAAGUGGGCGGAGCUUGAAUUUUGAGAAGAUUUCUAGAUUUCCUGGAUCCUAAAGGUCAUUUUAAUACCAAACACGGCCUAUUUUUGAGAAUUUCGGAAAACCAUGCCUCAAAAUUGCAAGCCACGCCCACUUUGCAAGUCUCGCACGGUUUUUCCCAGAUAUAUGCAUUUUUCCAGAUUUUGAACGUAAAAUCCGGUGCCAUCGACCUAAUCAUCCAACCCGCCUGUCAACCAGGCCUCGGAAUCCUACAAAUCCUCUACAUCACCGGCGCCACGUCAUUUCUGACCCUGGACACGGGCGGCUCGGUCUACGAGCUUCGUGUCAAGACCAAUUUCGCGGGCAAACGCAAAAGUUCGGUGAGCGCACGGAAUUGUGGGCGUGGCCUAAUUUUCUGUUUCAGAUGCGCUGCGUGUUUUCCGGAUGCAAUGGAGAGGUGGUGAAUAUGCGCAUGUUGCCGCACGCCAUGUUGGCAUUGCUCACUGUGAGCAAGGUGAGAGGAAAAAGUCUGCCAGACUUGCAGAAAAUGGGCGGAGCUUCAUUUUGACACCAAACACGGUAUAUUUCCCUCGUGUUUGGUGUCAAAAUGCUCCUCUUCCCAAGCCCCGCCCCUUUUUGCAACCCUCGCACACUUUUCUUGCAGCUCCUCCUCGUCUCUACCCGUUUUGGCGGGAAAAUCCUCGGCACCUUCGCCUAUCGCUACUCCUUCCAUGCCCCGCCCCUUUUCACAUUUUGGCAAGCUGCCAAAACGCUGAAAAUCUGCGUGACACGUGGCAAAACGAUGAAUGUGAUGCGGCUGGCCUCGUCGAGUACGGUAGGUUAAUUUUUCGCAGCUCUAAAAUUCAGGCCACGCCCCUUUUCUCUACAGAAAUCCGCAACUCUGCUCAAAACCUUGGAACUACCCGUCGAUUUGGUGGCCACUCAUUGGAUUAGUCGAGAUUUGGUAAUUGGUGUCGAUGAGAAUGGUGCGAGUUGGCAAAUUGAAAUCGAGAAGGGAAAAGUUGGACGGGCCAAUGUUGAUGAAAUCGAAAUUGUGUUUGCCACGUCGGAUUUUAAGGUAUGAAGAUGAAAAUUUGCAGAAUUUUGACACCAAACACGAUAUAUCUAGGAAAAACCAUGCGAGAGUUGCAAAGUGGGCGUGGCUUGCAAUUUUGAGGCAUGGUUUUUCAAAAUUAUCAAAAAUAGGUCGUGUUUGGUAUUAAAAUGAUCUCCAGGAUCCUGGAAAUCUAGAACACUUUUCAGAAAUUAAGCUCCGCCCAUUUUUUUUCAAUUUUGCGGCAUGGUUUUUCUCAGAAGAAUUUUUCUGGGUAAAUUUUGAUAUUAAAAUGAUCUCCAGGAUCUUGCAAAUCUAGAAAUUUUCUUGAAAAUUAAGCUCCGCCCAUUUUUUGCAAUUUUGCGGCAUGGUUUUUCUCAGAAGAAUUUUUCUGGGUAAUUUUUGAUAUCAAAAUGAUCUCCGGGAUCUUGCAAACCUAGAAAUCUUCUUAAAAAUUAGGCUCCACCCAUUUUUUGCAAUUUUGCGGCAGGGUUUUUCUUAGAAUAAUUUUUCUGGAUCAAUUUUGAUAUCACAAUCGGCUCCAGGAUCUUUUGAAAAUUAGGCUCCGCCCACUUUUUGCAAUUUUGCGGCAUGGUUUUUUGAAGAUGUUUUUUCUGGGUAAUUUUUGAUAUUAAAAUGAUCUCCAGGAUCUUGCAAAUCUAGAAAUCUUCUAAAAAUUAGGUCCCGCCCAUUUUUUGCAAUUUUGCGGCAUGGUUUUUCUCCGAAGUAUUUUUCUGGGUAAUUUUUGAUAUCAAAAUGAUCUCCGGGAUCUUUUUGAAAAUUGAGCUCCGCCCAUUUUUUGCAAUUUUGCGGCAUGAUUUUUUUUACACACUGUGUUUGGUAUCAAAAUGAUCGUCUCCCCAAGCCACGCCCAUUUUUCUUGCAGGGUCUCGCCACGGGAAGUCGUGUCAGCGAGGCGAUGUUCCACAUCGCCGAUCGUGUCUGCUAUCAAUCAAUCCAACCAGCCACUUCGACCCCAGAUCGACUGAUUAUUCUAUCGCACGAUGGUUUGAAGAUCUGUGAGACUGUGACAGAGUGGGAACAAUUGGAGAGAUUUAGAGAAAAUGACGAUGAAAUAUCGGCGGCGUUGUAUUUGUUGGAUGUUGUGAAGGGAAAACGAAAAGCUGCGGAGGUUUUUAGGAAUGAGGGUGAGUUAGGGGAAGUCGAGACAAGUUCUUUGAGCCGAAAAUCAUCUUCCAGCACCCAAUUUACUGCGAGACUCCUGCCGAAAACUGUUGGAUUGCUGCCAAAACGGUUGCGAUGCUGGAAAAGUCGCCCAACUCACUGCACACUAUAGAAAAUACAUCAAAAUCAUUCUGAAAAUCGCGAUAUCUGCAAAAUUCUUCGAUGUGAUAUACCAGGAAGUUUGGUCAAAGAUCUCUCUCGAUCAAAUAUCCAAAUCGAUAUUCUUCGAAUUUCUCGAUGAUUUUGUGCUAGACGGUCUGAUGUUCGAUAUGCCACCUGCGAUUCUUCGCGAAUAUCUCGAAAAUCUCGCGAAUUUAUCGCAUUUCAGUCAAUUUCAACUCGCUGUUGUCCGGUUUCCGAUUUAUUCGAUCGAUAUUCAUCAGGUUAUGACGAUUUGUCGCGCAAAUUCGUUGUAUGAUGGCAUUAUUUAUGUGAUGAAUAAUGCUUUGAUGGAUUAUAUUAGUCCUUUAGAGGUUAGAUUUCGGUUUGGGGCACAGAAAAAUGGGCGGAGCUUCGAAUUUGGAGCAUUUUGAUACUAAAUAUGCCUGGGUGGAGAAGUUCUGACCAUUUUGAUACCAAAAAGCCUAGAAAAAACUAUGCGGCAGAUUGCAAAAGGGGAGGAGCUUAUCAAUAGAAGUAAAAAUAAGCCCCGCCCCUAAAACUAUACCGCAAAUUUCGAAAUUUAGAAACUUCCAGAGUUUUGAUAUAAGAAAAACUGUGCGACAGAUUGCAAAAGGGGCGGAGCUCAUUUAUAAAAGGAAAAAUAAGCCCCGCCCCUAAAACUAUGCGGAGAAAUUGCAGAAUUUUCGAUUCUAAAUAACCUUAGCAAAAAUAAGCCCCGCCUCAAAAAUAUGCCGCAAUUUUGCAGAAUUUUUGAUACUAAAUAACAUUUGCAAAAUUAAGCCCCGCCCCUAAAACCAUGCCUUAUUUGGUAUCAAAAUGCUCCCAUCCACAAGCCCCGCCCAUUUCUGCAACUCUCGCACACUUUUCACCUCUAUUUCUCUCCAGGAAAUGCUCGACGCAAUCGCCGCGUUCGCCGGCAACGAAGUUCUCUCGGACAAUCAAAUCGAGUGCGGCAACCGUCUCCUACUGUACCUGAAUUGUUGCCUCGCAGGUCGUGCUUAUCCGAUUGGCUCGCUGCCAAAAAACGGCGAGACUACAGUACCCCUCGAAAUCUAUCGAUGCAUCACUUCGCUACGUGGAAAGGAUGGCAAAACCGAGGAGAAUUAUCCGUAUUUGAGAUUGUUGUUGCAGUUCGAUCCGCAACAAUUUGUACACGUCAUUUCGACGGUGGCUGAUGCGAAACUGUUUCAGACGGAUGGAAGAUUGCAGAGAAUUACGGAUACGGUAGGAUUGCGGGUGCAAAAAAUGCGUCAGUAAAGGUUCACUGACGUGUUUUUGGUGUCCUGCACUUCAAAAUGACUCCAAACACGUCAACAUAUGGUUUGCUGACGUGAUUUUAGUGUCCUGGGCUUUGAAAUGACACCAAACACGUCAGCAAACCUUCUUCCUUCUAGAAAAUAGGUCAAGGUGCAAAAAAUACGUCAGGGAAAUGUUCACUGACGUUUUUUUGGUGUCCUGGGCUUUAAGAUGACACCAAACACGUCAGGAAAUGAUUUGCUGACGUGGUUUUUGUAGCCAGAGGUUUCAGCUACGAGAAAUGCGUCAGCAAACCUUCUUCCUUAUAGAAAAUAGGUCAAGGUGCGAAAACUGCGUCAGAAAAUGGUUCACUGGCGUGUUUUUAGUGUCCUGGGCUUUGAAAUGACUCCAAACACGUCAGUAAACUACUCACUUGCGUUUUUUGUCCUAGACCACGCCCCUUUUUGCAAGGCCCGCACAAUUUUCCUCCUGAAUUUUCAGAUCGGCCUAAUCUGCGUCUCACUGCGAAAAGAACAACCCCUGGUGCAUUUCCUCCUUCUCGUCGUCCAACUCACCGAACGUGGAUUAAUUGCACCGCCCGUUGAAAUGGUCCAAGAUGUAAGAGCUACAGUAAUCUACAGUACCCCUACAGUACUUUUAGGCCAUCAUCUCGUUGCUUCGAAUUGCCACGUGGCAAUCGGGUUUGGCCGAGCCGGCGAUUAUUGGAAUGCUAAGAGCGGUUGGUGGGAUCGAUAGAACUUUGGUUUUGAGAGCCGCGCAGGCACCGAUACGGUAGGUUCAAGCUAAAAUGCGUCAGUGAUGGGUUGCUGGCGCGAUUUUUGUAAUCUGCGGGAGGAGAGCUUCAAAAUGAUACCGAACACGAUAUGUGCCAGUGAAACACUGCUGACGCAUUUUUGGUAGAUUCAAGGUGCCGAUAAUGUGUCAGCAAAUUUGACUGACGCAUAUUUGGUAUCAAAUUGAAGCUCUCGUUUAGACAAAACUUGCUGACGCAUAUUUGGUAGCAAAAAAUGCGCCAGCAAAACCCCAUGACCCCGUUUUUGCAGCCCAACAAUUUCGAGCUUCCUCUACCUGAGCGAAAGGCGAUUUUUGGAUCUCCUAAAAUCCUAUAUCGACCCACCGAAACACGUCAUUUUCGCAAGUAUCGAUCAAAUUUUGCAACUCACUGAUUUGACGUCGCAAGAAUCGGCAGAAAUCGCGCGAUUCCUGCGCGAAAAUCUGCGAAUUUUGCAGCGACUCGACGCGGAAUCCACGGCAAAAAUGAUGAUUCAACACGGAUUUUUGGAUUGGUUGCGAACGUCGCAAGAAUUCCCGCUGAUUCGCGCGAUUCUGCGGCAGCGACAAGCGGCGAAACUCGCGCAAAUUUCGGGCGACGAUGAGUUGGAUGAGCAGCUGUUUGGCGUGUUUUUCGAAGGAAGUUUGAAGGAGAAAACGAUUGACGACGCCGAAUUGUUGCGAGUGUUGCGAUUUUGGUCGCCGACCGGGUCGCGCAGCGAUUUUUGCCUGAAUUUGGUGGCUCAGCGAGCUCCGGAGUUCACGGAAGCCGAAGUUUUCUUGUUGGAAUCGAGGGGACAUGUGGAACGUGGAUUUGAACGACUUUUUGCGAUGUUGGAAGCGGGAGAGGAUUUGGGUGAGCAUUUUUUGGAGGGAGGAUAAGCCACGUCCACAAAAGCAUGCCGCAAAAUUGCAAAAAAAUGGGUGGAGCUUGAAAUUUGGAGUAUUUUGAUACCAAAUAAGCCACGCCCUCAAAACAGUGCCGCAAAAUUGCAAGAAAAAUGGAUGGAGGUUAAAAUCUGCAGUAUUUUUCAUACCAAAUAAGCCCCGCCCACAAAACCAUGCCGAAAAAUUGCAGGAGCUUGAAAUUUUGAGCAUUUUGAUACCAAAUAAGCCACGCCCACAAAACAAUGCCGCAAAAUUGCAAAAAAAAAAGGUGGAGCUUAAAAUUUGAAGCAUUUUUAUACCAAAUAAGCCCCGCCCACAAAACCAUGCCGCAAAAUUGCAGGAGCUUGAAAUUUGCAGCAUUUUGAUACCAAAUAAGCCCCGCCCACAAAACCAUGCCGCAAAAUUGGAGGAGCUUGAAAUUUGCAGCAUUUUGAUACUAAAUAAGCCCCGCCCACAAAACCAUGCCGCAAAAUUGCAAAAAAAUGGGUGGAGCUUGAAAUUUGGAGCAUUUUGAUACCAAAUAAGCCACGCCCACAAAACCAUGCCGCAAAAUUGCAGGAGCUUGAAAUUUGAAGAAUUUUGAUACCAAAUAAGCCACGCCCACAAAACCAUGCCUUGUUCGAUAUCAAUCAGCUUCUCUUCCCAAGCCCCGCCCAUUUCUGCAACCCUCGCAUACAUUUUUCUCUUGCAGUUCGUUGGCUCGACGAAUGUCUCAACUUCUGCUGUCGUCACUCCACACAUCAAAACUCCAACGCGUGGAUGAUUCAAAUUUUCCGCCACGUGGCAUCCGGAAAAAACAGCGAGGAGAAUCUCAACGAAAAGCUGAAAAUGCUGGUGCGACGGAUAAUUGAUAGCGGAACGGAGCACGCGGAGCACCUGGUGACAAGUCUGCUGGAUUGCCGCGCGUUUUCCGCAGCGCCUUUAAGGUAUGCGGAAGCUUUAAGUGUAGUUUUCCGGAUUUAAAAUUCUGUUUGAUUUUUUUCCAGCGAAAAUCUGGAAAUUGUCAACGAGAUUCUGGCGUCUUGCGAAUACGAGAAACGCCUCCUACAAAAUGUGCUGCGAGUUCAGAACGCGGAAAAUUCCGCGUUGAACCGCGAACUCUAUGGGUUUAUUGGGAGGCGAGCCGAAAUUACGGAUUCUGGAGAAUGUGCCACGUGUCAAGGUGCACUGACGAAAUCGGCAUAUGUUUUUAGGUGAGGUUUUGGGCUAUCGAUUGACACCAAACACGCCUAAGAAAAUGCACCAAAAAUGCGUCAAUCUUGAGCUUACCGUAUGUUUUGUGCAUUUUUCGUGAUCUACAAGUUACGGGCUGUCGAUUGACACCAAACACGUCAAGUUUUUUCCGCACGCUCCAAAAUAUGCACCGAAAAUACGUCAAUCUUGAGCUUGGCGUACUUUAUGUACAAUAUUCGUGAUCUCCCAAUUUAGGGCUAUUGAUUGACACCAAACACGCCAGCAGAAAAAAGCUGACGUAUUUUUUUCAGAUGCGGUCACUUCCAACACAUCGAAUGUGCCACGUCAUCCACCAAACUCUGCCCGUGUCAAGACAAUUUAAAGGAACAUCAACUUCAUCGUCUCUGGACCACCUCUCAAUCCACUAUGGGUCCCGCCACGCGAAAACGCGACAUUUUUGCCGAAUGGUCAACCCCGCUUGAUUUACUGCCCAAAAAUCGAUAG